GCCACACGGGGGCAGGGCGUGGUCAUGCCGUGGCCAUCGCUGCUCCUGAGACCCCUCCCCCGCCCAUCAGGAGGGCAGGUGGGGGAGGGCAGGAGAUCCCAGAGCUCUGGGCUGAUGCUCCUUCCCGCCAGGAGAGCCCAGGUAAGCCUCCCGUCCCCAGGAGCCUCCCGGUCUGCCCGGCCGCAGGCUUUUCUGAACGGAGCAGGCAGACCUGCUUCUGAGCUGCAGGCUGCUGUCCCCAAAGCAGCCCGCCGCCAGCCGGCACACACGGGCUCCACGCCGGGCCUGGGUGCUAGUGAGCCGGUCUCCACGCCGCUCCUCCUGGCGGCGCCCUCCGGAGACCGUGCCCCUGACACGGGGGAGCGAGAACAAAGGGCACUCUGUCUCGUCUCCCGCCUUCCUGGGCAGCAGGCCGUGUGCCGCUCCUGAGCCACAUCCUGGCCUCAGCCCCGCCCUCUCCUGGCGCUGCUGGCAGUCCCUAAAUCCGGUCCUUGGACAUCUACCCCACCCCUGGCCACACAAUGACCACCGCCUACCUCAGCCCCCGCCCUGGAAGCGCAGCUGCUAAGGGGCUCCUUAAAAGUGAACCCCUCCCAGGCCAGGAGAGCACCCCCAGGCUGGCCCUGCGCCCUACUCCCCGCCCCGCCCGCCCUGUGAUGACCCAACAAUUGCUCACAAUGCUGCAGGGGUCAUGAGAGUGGGCUUUGUGACAUGGGCGGGGACCAGGCUCUUGGGGGUGCUGCCUCAGAGACCUCGGGUGCUCACAAGCCUUCUCAACACCAAUGAGCUCCCCCUCCCAAACCCCUAAUCCGUCCCCUGCCCAGUCCCCCUCCCAGUCCCGGACCAACCACAACAGCAGCCCUGCCAACCAGCCCUACUCCAGCUCGGGUGGUUCAGCCCCUUCCCCGACCCCCACCCGGUCCUCCUCCCGCCCCCCCUCUCACCCUCCUACCCCCUCCCCCUCGCAGCCCUCCUCCCGGGCUCCCUCCCUGAACCCCAGCCCUCAUUCCCAACACGUGUCUCGAGCAUCUCCCCCAACCGCCACUCCCCCCGCCUCCAAGUCUCCCUCCCAGUCUGGCCUGAAACCUGCCUCCCGGAACAACUCCCAGACUCCCCCUGGGCGCUCCUCCAGGUCCCCCUCCUACAGCCCUAUGGGCUCGGGUUCCUACAUCGGGUCCAUUCCGGGAAUCCCGUCCCAGAUCACCCCAUACGUGCCCCGCUUCCUAAGGGAGCCCCCCUUCUUCCAGCCCCCCACGUCUACAUUGCCCCUGUGCCAGCCCCCCCAGUCCCCCCCGCACCCCCGGCCCCCCGAGUCCCUCUACCUCCCUCUCCUCCAGCCCCCGCCCCACUACCCCAACGCCAUCAGCAACUUCCCGACGCCUCCCAACCUGUUCACGCCCCCGUGCUCGCUCACCUACAAGCUGCCCACCGACGUGCUGGUGGGCUCCAAGCCGCCGGUGGUGCCCUCGGUGCUGCCCGCCACCUUCUACACGCCCUUCUCCCGCUACUACUCGCAGCCGCGCUUCUACUACCGCUCCCUGCCCCGCCGCCGCUCGGGCGGCUACCUCUCCAUGCAGUACGAGAGCCUGAACCGCUCCGUCCGCUUCCUC